AUGUCCCUCUCAUUGCCCAAAUUUGAUGAUCUCCCACCUGUGGAGGACAUGCCUCACGGUUGUGCUUGGGGCGUCUUCGAUAAAGAUGGUAAAAAUGAUCUUGUUGGAACAUUGAACCUCUUGACGCCAGAGGUUGUCAGGGCUGCCGCCGCGGAGGUCCAUUAUGGAAUCUCGAUUUCCCUUAAUUGGCCCAUUGGGAGUAUCAAAAUCCCUAAGUUCUUUCGAAAGACUCUAGAACAUAAAGUGGUCAAACUUGAGGACCCAGAGGCGAAUCUGCAUUAUGGAUUUGAUGACGAGGUUGAGUUCAAUACUCAAGGAAGCAGCCAGUGGGACAGUUUUUGCCAUUUUCUUCACCUUGAGUCAGGAAAAGCUUACAAUGGAGUGAAACCGACUAUAAAAGGCAUUAUGGACCCUUCUCCAAGUGAAGAACUCAAGCUUCCCACAAUUGAUCAUUGGCAUGAACGCGGCUGCGUAGUAGGAAGAGGUGUUCUGAUUGACUUUAAGACUUACGCCAAAGUUAAGGGCAUCGAAUACUCUCCAUUCUCUGGGUUUCGUAUUGGUAUCGCCGAUAUCGAAGCUGUCGCAGCUUACCAAGGAGUUAGCUUCAAGCCAGGCGACAUUCUCAUCCUUCGAUUUGGCGUAACCGAGGCACUAGGAGAUAUGACAGGCCUGGAGCAAGCCGAAGCAAUGGCUAGUCAUCAUGCCUGUGGCAUCGAAGGCUCCAAGGAAAUGGCCCGCUGGCUGUGGGAUCAGCACUUCGCCGCCGUAGCUAGCGAUAAUGUUGCGGUCGAAGCUAUGCCUCCGAUGAUAGGCGGCGAGGUCCAGCCUCUGACCAAUCUUGUUCUGCACCAGUGGUGCUUGAGCCUGUUUGGCAUGCCACUGGGUGAACUGUGGUAUCUUAAGACGCUUUCGGAACAGUGUCAGGCAUACCGUAAGUAUACAUUCAUGCUGACUUCGUCGCCUCUUAAUUUUCCCGGUGCGGUUGGAAGUCCACCCAAUGCACUCGCUAUUCUCUGA